AUGAGACAUGAGAAUGAAACAGAAGUUUUGGAAUUCGUACUGAUGGGUUUUUCUAAUCAUCCCAGAAUGGAACCAUUACUCUUUGUGCUGUUCAGUUUCAUAUAUAUGGCAACCCUCUUUGGUAACUUUGGUGUCAUUGUCCUAGCCACAGCAGAUCCCCACUUACACACCCCCAUGUAUUUUUUCCUUAGGCACCUGGCUUUUUUGAAUCUUUGCUACACAACUGCGGUGGUCCCCAAAAUGUUGUCCAAUCUCAUAUCUGUUAAGAAAACCAUAUCCUACCUACUGUGCAUGGUGCAAACUUACAUCUCUGCCUUUAUGGGAGCAGCAGAAUGUGUCCUUCUGGCUGUGAUGGCUUUGGAUCGCUAUGUGGCUGUCUGUCACCCCUUGCGCUACACCAUUAUAAUGAACCACCAUGUCUGUGGGAGGAUUGCAGCAGCAUCUUGGACGCUGAGUUUUCUAGUUUCUGUAGUCCCACUCAAAUUAAGCCUGCCUCCUCUUUGUGGACCAUAUAUCAUUGACCACGUUUUCUGUGAAGCUCCCGUUCUACUGCAUAUGAUCUGCUCUGACACCUCCUUGAAUGAGCUCUUAAUGUUACUGUCAGGUAUCAGCACAUUAAUGCUGCCUUUCAUCUUGGUCCUUGUGUCCUACGGCCACAUUAUCCGGGCUGUCAUCAGAAUCCGCACUGCAGGGGGCAGGCACAAAGCCUUUUCCACUUGCUCUUCUCAUCUAACAGUAGUGACCAUUUAUUAUGGUACUGGCAUGUUUAUGUACAUGAGGCCCAAAUCGAGUUACUCGCCAGAGAAAGACAAGUGGGUUUCUGUAUUUUAUGCUGUCAUCAAUCCGAUGCUGAACCCCAUUAUAUACAGUUUCAGGAAUAAUGAAGUCAAGGAGUCCUUAAUGAGGGCCUUUGGAAGGAAUAAGUUGCCCAAAGCUCUCUAG